AAUUCUUCUAGCUAGCUAAUUAAGCUGAUCGUAGCUAGCUUUCUUUGCUCUCAUUUAUAUCUUUUCUUUUGUCUCUUGUGUUGAAAAUUACUUAUCAUCAAUUAGUCAUAUAAGAAAAAUGGGGUUUACACUCGAGAAGCAUAUGUGUACUUUGCUUGGUCUUAUGGUGCUUUUUCCUGCAUUUUGUACCUCUCAGUUUUCUGACUCUAGAGCAACCUAUUAUGGUAGCCCUGACUGCUACGGGACUCCAAGAGGAGCUUGUGGGUUUGGUGAAUAUGGAAGGACUAUAAAUGACGGUUACGUCUCCGGAGUUUCUAAGCUCUAUACGAAUGGAUCUGGUUGUGGUGCAUGUUAUCAGGUUAGGUGCAAAAAUCCACAGUAUUGUAACUCAGAUGGAGUUAACGUAGUGGUGACUGACCAUGGUGAAGGAGAUAGAACUGACUUUAUCAUGAGCCCACGAGCCUACUCAAAGUUGGCACUUCCAAGCGCAACGAAAGAGUUGUUCGCUUGUGGUGUGGUUGAAGUUGAAUACAGAAGAAUCUCUUGCCAAUACUCAGGUUGCAAUGUUAUGUACAAAGUCCAUGAACACAGCAAGUAUCCCGACUACUUGGCUUUGAUAGUUAUCUAUGUAGCUGGCCAAAAUGACGUCACAGCCGUUGAGAUAUGGCAGGAGGAUUGCAAGGAAUGGAUACCUAUGCGCCGAGCCUUUGGGGCAGUUUGGGACAUGGCAAAUCCACCAAGUGGGUCGGUGACCUUGAGGUUCCAAGCAACAGGCAAUGCAGGCUACACUUACUGGGUUCAGUCAACUAAUGCCAUUCCUCAGGAUUGGAAAGCUGGGGCUGCCUAUGACUCCGCUGUUCAGCUUACUUAAUUAUAUAGAUAAUGGUUUAUAUAUGUAUGUAUAAAUAAUGCAUAUGUUACUUUUAAAGUUGUGAUGUCUCACUUUAUUAGAGGUUGUUGUUUGCAAUUAGGAUAUUAUUGUAUGCCUCGGUUGGCAUAGGUGCUGUGUUGUCUUAGUGCUCAAUAAAUAAUGGGAUUUCGUACUUUGGAAUAUUGGUAAGAUAUUUACGUUAUUAGACCGAGCAUUGGUACUCUUUUGGAUCCUCUGAUUAUUGUUAUUGUACAUUUUUAAUAAAAGAAAUUGAUCUGUACUCGAUCGAAUGAUAAUGGAAUAAAAUAUAUGUACCUUUCCGA